GGCAUGAAGAACGAAAGCAUCGUCGCCUCCUUCGUAUACUACUACGACUGCGAGAACAUCACACAAUCUCGCCUUGCUUUUAGGAAUGCAACAUCGGAACCGGCGGAGCAUCAGAAUGGCGACGUUUCAUGCAUGCGCGUACUGUACGGUUACAGCCAAUGGGAAGCUACCUCUCAGGAGAUCGGCGAGGUUCCGACGAAGCAAGGGCGCGCCGUCGCGUUUCCGAAUAUCUACCAGCACCGCGUAGGGGACUUUGAGCUCAUCGACCGAACGAAGCCGGGCUACCGCAAGAUCUUGGUUUUCUUCCUUGUCGACCCCACCGUAACCGUGCCGAGCGCUUCCACGAUCCCCGUACAGAGGAAGGACUGGAUACACCGCGUCGUCAGGAGGGCUGCGACAGACCCGAGGUCGCUGUGGGGGAGGCUGCCCGUCGAAUCAUCCACAUAA